AUGUCAAAAACUCUUCAUCCACCAGAAAGCGUCUACAAUCUUAUUCCUAAGGAAGAGGGCCAUGCUGAAAAACCACCAAGGUAUAUGUCCAAGUAUAGGCCAACAGUAAUUCUUGAAAAAAAGGCAACCAAGGAUGCGAUGCGGACCAUGGGACCAGCAAAAGUAGAGGUGCCGUCCCCAGACAAAUAUCUCAAGAAGCAUUCACAAGAGUCCAAAUUACCACAAAGUGAGUUCUCCUAUUGACUUUUUGACCAAUGUGUGAGUAAACCAGCUGUUCCUGCGAGGACUGACAACCCACCUAUGGGUAUUCACACCAAGAGAGACUUUAUAAAGACAGUUACAGCAAUGCCAGUAAAGCCCCAGCCGAAUUUUGUAGACACCAGCAUGGGACACAAGCAGCCCCUUGAGAAUUCAGGACUUCUCCCCAAGUACAUCAGGAAAAUGCAUUACGGAGAAGUACCUGAGUACCUGCGGCAGCGCAAGGAGGAAGAGCAGAGAGCUCAGCAGGAGUAUGACAACUUUGUGAAAGAACAGAGGGAGCAGAGAGCCAUGAAACACCUGUCUGACAAGGAGAAGCAGACUGCCCUGGAGAGCCUGAAGAAGAAGUGGGAUGAGCUGCACCAUGAGUACCAGGGCCUCUCUGUUGUCACAGACACCUUGUCAAAGAGGUCCCGCAAGGAGCAUCUCGAAGCUGCAAUGAAGCAGCUGGAGAACGACAUCGACCUCUUUGAGAGGUUGAAGACCAUCUACAUAACCAAUAACUAG